AUGGCGGAAUUCGUGCGUGCCCAGAUCUUCGGCACGACCUUUGAGAUCACAAGCAGGUACACAGAACUGCAGCCUGUGGGAAUGGGUGCGUUCGGCCUCGUGUGUUCGGCGAGGGACCAAUUGACCGGACAGCCCGUCGCUGUUAAGAAGAUUAUGAAACCUUUCAGUACCCCAGUCUUGUCUAAGAGAACAUACCGCGAACUGAAACUAUUGAAGCACUUGCGCCACGAAAAUAUCAUCAGCCUAAGUGAUAUUUUUAUUUCUCCCCUCGAAGACAUCUAUUUCGUAACCGAGCUCCUGGGUACCGACCUCCACAGACUUCUCACAUCAAGGCCGUUGGAGAAGCAGUUUAUCCAGUAUUUCUUAUACCAGAUCUUGCGAGGACUUAAAUAUGUGCACUCAGCAGGCGUUGUGCACCGUGAUCUUAAGCCAAGUAAUAUCCUUAUCAACGAGAACUGCGACCUGAAGAUUUGCGAUUUUGGUCUCGCCCGUAUUCAAGACCCUCAGAUGACAGGCUACGUGUCGACGAGAUACUACCGUGCGCCCGAAAUUAUGCUCACAUGGCAAAAGUAUGAUGUGGAGGUGGAUAUCUGGAGCGCCGCUUGCAUUUUCGCCGAGAUGCUGGAAGGAAAGCCUUUGUUCCCCGGAAAGGAUCAUGUGAACCAAUUCUCCAUUAUCACAGAACUCCUUGGUACUCCACCGGACGAUGUGAUUGAGACAAUCUGUAGUGAGAAUACUUUGCGAUUUGUCAAGUCUCUUCCCAAGCGCGAACGUCAACCUCUCGCCACCAAGUUCAAGAACGCUGACUCGGAUGCGGUUGACCUUCUCGAGCGGAUGCUGGUAUUUGACCCGAAGAAGAGAAUUCGCGCGGGCGAGGCGCUGGCGCACGAGUACCUUGCUCCGUACCACGACCCCACCGAUGAGCCUGUGGCAGAAGAGAAGUUCGAUUGGUCAUUCAAUGAUGCUGACCUACCUGUAGACACCUGGAAGAUCAUGAUGUACUCGGAAAUUCUCGACUUCCAUAAUAUCGAUCAGGGUACCGAGGCGAGUCAAGUCCUCGUUGAGGGAGCUGGCGAUGCCCAGCAAAAUUUUAAAUUUCGAGAAAGCCUAGUCAUUAAUCUGAACAAGGAUGAAAGUUUCAAGGAUCAAAAUCUUGGACUGUCUUUGCGGGAAAUGAUUCAUGAGUUUAAGUAUCAAACUCUGGUCCUAUUCAAAGCCAUACUCUUGCAGCCCAAGAUGCUUUUCUUUGGUUCAAGAUACCCAUCAUUCGAAAGCUAUACGAAGACUGUUGAGAAGCCUACCACUCUGAAGACAAGUGAUAGAAGUUCUCUGCUGGCGUAUAUGGGACUGCCACUUCAAAUUUUUGGCAAGGGGAGCAUGUUCGGACCUUACACGCCUCUACAGCAGCUGGAUCUGCUGGCGGAUCACGGAACGAAGUCAUAUGUAGUUGGCUCUACGAAUUCGUUACUUUUACAACAGAAAGAUCGCUAUAGUGACAUCUUAAUCAACCUUGACGAGGACACUAUUAAUAUCACGUCCCCCUCUCUACGAAAUGCAUUGGCACUAUCUGCUGCAGACAGACGCUGGAUCGACCUUCUUACCCAGAUUAUCAACGAUACGUGGGACGAGGCGCACCCGGAACAACCCAAGACCCACGGGUAUAUGGGCUCCGAAGAAUUCAUCAGGUUACAAUUCGAAGAAUAUCUGCUGGCAUUGCUUUCAUGUAUGAAAUAUCAUGAGGAGCUGGAUUCAUUCAAUGCGGGUGACCCUGGCCGCAGGAGCAAAGAACAAUUGGAUGCGUUCAACAUAGAAGGCGACCCUGCGCUCGAAUUCAACGCUGAGUUUCUGGCACAGUGGCAAAACACUUCUAAUUAUGCGCUUUUCAAAAACCUGACCUCUGAUGCACUGUUGUACUCCAUUGUCGAGCCUCGUCAUCCUUGUGCCGGAGGCCUCACCAUGGACGAUGUUCAACGUCGGUUAUCACAACAAGUCGCGGAUCUUCAUCUGGAUGAACGGGUACGGGAAAGCCGCGAGGCGCUCAAUAGGCACAUCAGUACUGGCCAAAGGAAAGUAACCGCCGCAUUCAACAACUUCUGGAACGAUAUCGAAGCGAUGCGGGAAGCACAGCGGAAAAAGAAUGAAGAGAGAACUCCCCAGUCACAACGGUCCUCAAUUGACAAGGGCCCUUCCCCCCCAUUUUCACCGUCCGAUACAGCAUCAGUGCAUUCCACUAGUGGUUCCUCUUGGUUCGGUGGUCGCAAGGCUCCUUCCGUGGACAUCACUCAAGCACAGGCAUCCGUGAGUGCCGCUGGUCAAAGGGCAGGGGCGUAUUUGAAUUCGUGGAGUACCUGGGCUAGCGAAAAGCGAAAGGAAUGGCAGGACAAAAAUAAAACCCCAUCCUCUCCAUCUUCAGUAACCUCACCGUCGACCCCGACAUUGGCGGGUACCGCAGAGCAGAGCGACCCGCCGGAAAGAGGUAGACGAUCAAUGCAGGCAAGCCGCAGUGAAGACUCUAUUACUUUGUCUCGCAGCGGAAGUAGAAGGAAGAGAUGGAGCAACAUUUUCCUGAGACGGGAUAGCGGCGAGUAUGGCUCACCCAACCGGAAGGAUGAUGGUGACGGUAGCGAAUAUGACACUGCCAAUACACGCUCGCAGCUAUCGAACGAGGUCCCUGCUAAUGACGACCCGUCGCACCCAACCGAACAGCCAUCUAAAGAGGCGAAGGCCUCCACACAAACUCAGGUCAGCAGUAUAAGCGAAACCCACACACCCAGUGAGACAAAGAAUACUGCCACCACUACCGACGCAUCAACUGAGCAGCCCAAGCCUUCUGUCAAGCCCCAGACCAUCAUCGCUAAAAAGGAUACCAUAGCAGAAGAGCCAGCAUCCACCGAGUGCAAGACUCAAAACGAAGCACCCACCACCGCAGAAUAA